UGUGUUUGUGUGUGUGUGUUGUCAUCAUCUAACCUCUGUCCCACUUUCUCAGUUUCCCGGAUCUCAUCGGGACUGAUCUCGACCUGGCUGUAGGAUGUCUCGCGCUGCGGACAGACUCAAACUGCUGAUCCAUCAUCUUGAUCGAUCACAAGCCGCGAUCCGAGCAGCACCGACCUCAGCUCAAACCCUCACGCUCAGCAGCCAGCCACACAGACUGAGAUACACCUUAGAGACGGACCUGCUGAGCCCAGAGCAGCGACUCUUCUAUGAGGAGAAUGGCUUCAUCCUCAUCAAGAACCUGGUGUCGGAGGAGGAUAUCGACAAGUUCAGGAAGGAGUUUGAACGCAUCUGUCGACAGAGAGUGAAAAUUCCCGGCUUGGUGGUGAUGAAGGACGUGGCAAUCGUCAAGUCAGAGUUUGUCCAGGAUCAGAGGGCCGUCUCCAAACUCCAGGACUUCCAGGAGGAUCCCGAGCUGUUCCGGUACUGCAACUUACCACAGAUCCUGAAGCAUGUGGAGUGUUUCACUGGACCAAACAUCAUGGCCAUGCACACCAUGCUGAUCAACAAACCUCCUGAUGCAGGGAAGAAGACGUCCCGUCACCCGAUGCAUCAGGAUCUGCACUACUUCCCGUUCCGACCGGCCGACCAGAUUGUCUGCUCCUGGACGGCCAUGGAGAAAGUGAACAGGCAGAACGGCUGCUUGGUCGUCCUGCCAGGAACUCACAAGGGCACGCUGAAGGAGCACGACUACCCCGAGUGGGAGGGUGGGGUGAACAAGAUGUAUCACGGUGUGCGAGGCUAUGACUCACAGCACCAGAGGGUUCACCUGGAGAUGGAGAAGGGCGACACCGUCUUCUUCCACCCGCUGCUCAUCCAUGGCUCCGGCAUGAAUCAGACCCAGGGGUUCCGCAAGGCCAUCUCCUGCCACUACGCCAGCGCUGAGUGUUAUUACAUCGACGUGAAAGGAACCACUCAGGAAAACAUAGAGGAGGAAGUGAAGGAUCUUGCGUCCAGGAAGUACGCUAUAGACGAAAUCUCAUUCAAGGAUACCUGGGCUUUCAGAGGUCGUCUGGUGCAGGGAGAGAGGGUCUCACUGUGAGGACGCCAUUGAUCAGAAGACGGCAGAAUGACAGCAGAGUGACCAAUCACUGAGCUGAGAGGAGAGAAGGCUAAUAUAGUGCUGAGCUUCUUAAAGUAAAAUCCCUGAAUUCCUUUAAUAGAGGUGGAAUUAACACUACUUAAUGUACAUGUAAUCAUGCUCAGAAGAGUUGGGAGAUUUGUUCUGGAAAAGGUCAUGUGGUCCUAACAGAAAACAUAAAUACAGGGAAUCAGAUUUAAAUGAAAUAUAUAUAACUGACCUCAUCAUAGUUCGGAGGAAAAUCCACCCUCUGACUUUCUUUCGGAGAGGCGGUGGACUAGUGGCAGAAACUUGGACUAUGGGCAGAAAAGGUCUCUGGUUCGUCUCUGGUUCGACUCCACGGAGAAACAACAAAAAGACGAACCUGGAUUGAUCUGUCCAAAAAUCCAAGAGGAUUCUCCCUACCCUGUCUAGUGCCCCUGGCCAAGGCACCUUACUCCCCCAACAUCUGCUCCCUGUGCGCCGUACAUGGUCGCUCACUGCUCUGUGUGUCCUGCACCAGAUGGGUUAAAAGCAGAGGUUAAAUUUCCCUACAAUUGCGUGAGUGUGCCUGUGCAUGUGUGUGCAUGUGUUUGGGACAAAUAAAUGUAUCUUAAUCUUCUUUCAACCUCCUGCUGCUUGUUUUGCAGCACAAAAUAAAGCUGAAUUAGCACUUAAACAGACAACAGAACUGUGUGGAACAAUGGAAAAGCUGUAAUUUACCAAAACCUUCAAAGAAAGGGAUGUUAAGUGCAAAGAUAUAAGCCUGAGAAAGACCUGAGGUAUGUUGCUUUGACGGGAAAUGAAAAGAUGAGAAUUGCUGACUGGCUGAUUAAAGCACUAACAUGGGUUAUGAUAUAUUUAGGAACUGAUAAGCAGAACUGAAAUUCAACCAAUUGGGAUUUGGUUCUAAUUCGGAGUUUAGGAUCUCGACCCCAGCCUUGAGUGUUUAAACUGCCUUAUAAACUUAUCACUGUGUAAAUCGUCUUGUUUAUGUUGAUUGAUAAGUAUUUGAUAACGAGUGAGUGGGUUUUAACAUUGUUUGUAUGAUCAUUCUAAAGUUUUAAUAGGAUUAAUAAUAAAAAAUUGCUGCUAUAA